AUGUUUCUUUUAUCAAGUGCUGAUCUUCGGAGUGAUGAAGAAUCAGAAAGUGAUCCGGAAUUACAAGAACCACAGGUGAAACGACGACGGCUUCAGAAUAGUAAUAAGAAACGGAAGGAAUAUGAAGAAAGGGAUGAAUUAGGAAUAGGAAAUAACGACGAUAUUAUACCAUUCGCUGAAGAGGAAUACGAAAGCAUUGAUUGCAAGACAAUGCCACAAACUGAGUUUGUAUCAUUACGAUAAAUAUUCCGGAAAUGAUAUAAUACGGAAAACAAAACGAAUUCCAUGAAAUGUUGAACUUCCUUUAUAGCAUUAAAUUCAUUAAUUGUU